AUGCCUUAUAAGACUUCUUGGCUACUGUUAGCGUUUGGCUUAGCGACUCUAAGCAGUUGCCUACAGUUGACAUUCGCAGAUAUUCCUUCAUCUCAACUACCUUUAGAAGCACGAGAUGAUAGCGGCUCUCAAGAAGAUGAACUAAUAUCAACUAGCUACGUUUUGCCAAAUCAAAUAUUUAACGAUGGUAAACCCUAUUACGCUGGCAAAGAUCCAAUUUCUGGUCAAUUAGAUUUCAGUGCCAAGAAACAAGCAGGCAUUGAAACAGCCGUCAAUGAAGUAUACGAUCCCAAAGAAAAGAUUGUGCUUACCAGUUCCUCGCCAAACAUACAUGAUUUUCUUAAUUUACCAGUGAAGUACUCAUCAUCGAAAUUCGUUUAUCCACUGGUUUCAAGUUCAUAUGCUAAUCUAAAAUAUCAGGGUAGCAAUAAGAAUUAUAUCACCAACAAGAAACCAGUUUCUAUUGUAGCACCUGCUACACCACCGCCAAAUUAUCACAGUCAGAAUUACUUCACAGUACCCACAACUAAGCUUAUGGCAGUGCCGCCAACUACGGCGGGACCUCAAUCCAAUGACAAACCUAGCACUACUACUACUACAACAACGACAACUACUACUACAUUAUCCACCACAACAGCAACGUCUACAAAACCUACAACAUCUACCCAAACUAUACCAAUUACACAAACUACUCCAACAACUACAUCAUCCACAAAAACUACCAGCGCAGCCAAAUAUACCACAAGUACUCGUAAACCUGCAAUCAUAACAACAACUUAUGUUCCUCGCACAACAGCCAGUCCAACUCGUAAGAAAUUUGUGCCCACAAAAAAAUAUAAUCCAACAACCACUCCCGCUAGUAGCACAACAUCAAUGCGUUUUCCUAACGAACGACCAACAAACACAUCAGCAAGUAAAAUUACAACAACUGUGCACACCACAUAUCAUCCCACACCACAGUCCUCUAUUUUCCCAACUGAAUUAGUAUCUUCAACAAAAUUACCAGCAAAUACCAGCAAACCCAUUGUUUUUAAUGAAGAAGCCAAACCCACGAAAAAACCUUCCACUAGUAUUGCCGAUCUCAAUGUUGCUGAUGUCUAUCAAACCUUGGGACAUAAACACAAUGAACAAAAGCACCAAGAAAAAGACACAAUGACGCUUUCAGAUAUCUUCAACACCUUGGCUGAAGAGGAAUCGGCUUUAUCCAUCAGUAAUCAAGCCAAUCAAGGCUUUGAUGCGGAAGGCAACUUGAUGCAACCUAUUGCACCCUCGAAGCCAUCACCGUUCUCAAUGCAGAGCAUAUAUCAACAGUUACCGCCACAUACUACACGCCCUGCUUUUACCGCUGGAAGCAAGCCUCUUAACCCACACAAACAAUUAAAUGAAUCACCAUCAUCGCCACAUUUCGUACAAGAUCCUAAGCUUUCUUCGAUAAAGCCUGAUAGUUAUAACAACGAAUAUGUCUCAUAUCAAGUGCAACAGCCAAAUGUAUUACAAUAUCGUCCACUGCCAGGUGCUAUAAAUAAUGUUGUUAUCUCGCCUGGUCAAAACUCGGCGUCAUUUGUUUUGGGUAGCCAACAACAAGUGGGCACCAAUGGAGUAGGUUCAGUAGAGAAAGAGCCUCUUUUUGGCAAGGAACCCGUACAAUAUGGAACUGUCAUAAGCGAAGAUAUAAAUAGUGUACCUCGCCCCGGACAAACCUUACCACACAAGAUUAGUAACUAUGGACCGAAUUCAUACAUGCAAAAUGCUGGAGCCGGGAGCUCUGUUUUUCAGCAAAGCAAUAACUUCGCGCAUGGACCAAGCGUAAAUAAUCAAUUUCCAAACAGACAACCCCAAGACAAGCAUCCGCCUAACAAACAUUAUCAAACUGAGCCACCAGCACCACCUUCACCAUAUCAGCAAUUACCAUUGAUAGGGAAUCCAAUACGUUCACAACAUCAAGUCACUCAAAAACAACAACAAAGUCAAGCUUCAACACUUCCACAACAAGUAUCUACCGCCGAAGCUCCACAGCAAUCUCAAGAAGUGCAUUAUCAGGUAGUUGGGCCAAAGCAGCCUGUGUCACAACAAACGAAUGUCCAAACUCAAAGUAACAUUGGUGCCCCACAAGAUACCAAGGAACUGUUAGUCACAACGAAUAUACGCUUUCCCGCCAUUGAAGAUCAAUCAGAUGAAGCAUCUGCAUUACCUUCCAAUGUUCUUCCACCUCAAAGCCCUCAAGUAAAUGGGCAUGCACAACCACUCAGUUUACAACAAAUACAGCAAACCAACACUAUAGCUUUUCCCAAAACUAAGGACGAGUUGCACGAUGAAACAGCGCCUCAAGACAUAUCUGAUAUUGAAAUUCAAAAACACGAAGUGCUUACAAUGAAUCAGCAUAAAAAGAAAUUAAGUUUCCCUCAAUUGCCGGAUCACGUAGCACCUUCGACGCAUAUGGAACCACCACCACGAUUUCCUGCCACCGAAUAUGCUGAUACACCAAAGAGACCAGGUUUAAACCGACCGCUAAGUCCACCGCAAUUUGCAUAUAAUGAAUAUACACGUAAGCCCGUUCCUGGCAUUUCAAGACCCAAUCCUGAACGACAUUUACCCAAUAUUUUACCACAAUUUCGUCCAAAUGCAAAGCUCUCUGGCGGCCAUCCACCUGCCAAUUUUAAUCAGGAACCAGGUAACAUAAGAAUACAAGGACAGCCACCGAAACGUAACAGCAACGGGCCGCAAUUUGCACAUCGUCGUCAAACCUUAACACAACAGAAGUCCUAUCCCAUAAAUCGUUUAGCAGAAUACCCAGCAGGUGCCGCACCACCACCGAACGGUGAAGCAAAUAGACGAGUUUAUCGUUUACCACCUUACGGUGGUCAAAACUCGCAAAUGACAGAUCGUGUCUAUUCACGCCGUCCAAUGCCACAUGCCUUACGCCCCGCUGAUCAAUAUGGACUAGAACGACAUUCUUAUAAUCCAGACGCCUACAAAACUCUGCCUCAGCAAACACCUCUCAUGCCACUUGAACGUUUGGCUGCCUUCGAAGAGGAAGAUUUGGUUAUUAACGAUCCCCCGCAGCCCAUAACGCCAAACAAAGAUGCAAUUACUGAGGAUGACACAAAGUUGGAACCAGUCGUCACAUUGCAGAUGUUGCAGUCACAGAAAAAAACAUUUACAAAUGAAGAAGAUACCGGUGCUGGUGAAAUACAGGUGCCAGCUUUAUCCGGUGAUGAUGUUGAAGAUGUAAGCACAACCUCUCAAAAUGGUUUGUACGUGGUUUAUCCCAUGCAAGGAAACAAAGCUGAUAUUAAUGAGGCAGCAGAGAGUAAAGAACCUUUACCAGCUGUCGCGCAUAUUGAACCUUCAUCAGGCAGCGAAUACCAAAACACACCUUUCUCUGUAGUUCGUGACCAACCUCAGGAACCAAUACUGAAAAAUAAGAAACCUCAAUCACUACAACAACAAACUAAUUCGCAAAUACCUAAAGACAAAUUUCCUUACCCCAUUGAAAAGCCAGACCCAUCCUAUACUGAGCUAAAUCCGCACAAACGUAUUCCAGGUGUACUUAUAGCGCCAAGAAUUAUUAACGGUGCAUAUGGAAGUGGAACUGAAACUCCAAUUGCAAUAGCAUACUCACCCACUGAAUCAAAUCCAUUUAAACGGAUAGAGCAAAAUAGCCAAAGAUACUCUAAUGUGAACUUGGCGAGUGCAGUUAUAAGCGAAAUACGCACGGACACCCAAACUGAGCAAGCUGGUCUCAACAACGACUUCGAUGUGCGUGGACAAAAUUUUGAGAAGGACUUUAUGGCACCUUUUUAUCCAAGCGUUAGUUUGGGUUCAGCAGCGAAUCCACCUUCAAAUGGUUGGAAUAUAAUUAAAUCAACCACAGAUAAUGUACUCUACGAAAAAAAUAAAAUAAACCGCGCUGACGUGACGGAAAUGAACGACGGAGUAAAUGCAGAGAAUGAUGCUACAACUGCUAAGACGUUUGAGUUAGAUACUUUUCAACCGGAGCUACAGGGUGGUUUUAAGCCCAUCUAUCCACCGGGCUACAAAGCUGACGGCAAUGAAGAAACUGUCAUCCCACAAGAAACAAAUAAUUUACCCCUGGCAUUGGCAAGCCGUAUGGAACCGUUCCACAAAAACUACGCAACAAGCAGUACAAGCACAAGUUCGACUAGUACAUCUACGACAACAACGACAACCACAACAAGCACUCAGAAACCACAAAUCAGCGAAAAACAUUCCGCUCUCGAAAGCGCUAAUACAACUGCAACACAAAUGAUUGUCACCACUACAACGAAACCAACAGCAACCACAACAACUGUUGUGAGUUCCACUACCCAGCAACCCCCCACUACACCUACGCCAACAAUACGGAAAAAGUCGGCAUUUGAAACAAGUUUAGAAGCUUUGCUCUUCGGCGAUGAUGAGGAUUUCGAACAGGAAGAAGGCCGGAAACAGAAAAAUAUUAGGCCACAAAUAGAGCCCCGUAUGGUACCGCGCAUGGGUCCUAGAAACCUUAAAAUGAGCUAGAAAAAUCUUAGCAAGACAGGCAAUACUGAA